AUGUCCAGAAAAUUCAGUCGAAAAGAGACAUUUGCACUAUCGAUGAAAAAGAAAUCAAUUACGCAGGGGCAAAGUUUAGUGACCCGCCAUCCCCGAGUGUCCUUCCAAAGCCUCCAAGUCACUGGAUGGACAUGA